AUGUGUCGUACGGUGCACGCGCUCCUCCAAACCGGAAUAUGCGGUAUCCAAAUGUUGGUUCGUGUCUUCAUGACCGUCAUUCUGAUGAUAGAGAACCUAAUACGUAUGAUUCUGCAGACCAUGUACAAUUUCAUAUCGUUCGUGCUGCAAAUGAUCUCACUGAUACCGAUAUGCGCUGUGUUCAUGCUGACGGCACGUCUCAAAUGCUUCAUGUGCGGUGGGGGAGGCCCCUGCCCUGUCAACAGAGGUGGUGCCUGCGACUGUAUCAUGUCAGCCAUCGCGAUCAUUAUCCUAUUCUUCAUCUUCCGCGCCACGGGUGUUCUGGACAAACUGUUCUACAGCAUCGGUUACAUCAAGACGAAGAGCACCCAGCUAAGAUUUGUUCCGACACCCGGAGAUAUAACGGAAUGUUCCAGAAACGACACAGAAUACACUGAUAUUGAAGAAAGCACCACUGCUGAAUUGGUUAUGGAGACAACAAUGCUUUACGAUAUGCUAUCAACAGCUGCCACUGAUGCCGUGGGAGACGAAGAGGAAGGGAUGUCUGAGAGACAAACGGACGCACAGACAGCCACACAACAUGGUAUGCUAUUUAGGAAACUAUUGCCCACUCCCGAUGGGAUAAAUCGAAAUUGGACUACCAUAAUAUCUUAUUUUGUGGAAUGA